AUGCAAUUGUCUAUCUCCACAACGCUUGUAUUCUUUCUCUGCCUCAGCGUCGAUGCAUUGCCCGGAAGACAUAGAGGGCGACCUGGAUCACCAGCUACGAACAUCGGCACGCCUAUGAAAGGCAACCCGCCUCAAAACAGCAAUCCCUCCAACAAUAAUCCCCCUGCCGGGUCUCCAACGACGAGUAUCAAUCCACCAGCGAGCACCAAUGCACCCGGUAACAACAACAAUCCCACAAAUCUUGAUCCUUCUCUCGUCCCAGUCUUCUCCAUCCAGUCUGGCACAGGCAUAGGUGCAAAUGGAGUUGCAAUUCCCAAGACCUGUCCUCCCGCGCGUGCGGAAUUCAUUUCUAAGCUAGCUACCAAUAUCGCAGCUGGAAAUGUCCUCGGAACACCCAUUACCUUCAACACCGACCCAAAAGUACAGGAUACAAAAACCAACAAGGACCGGGCAACGGCAAUGAUUAUCACUCUGCAGAGUUUCACGGGGGUGAAGGGAGUGGGAUGUCCUGGCGCGAGCACGCCUGAGUUGAUCUCGCAACAGAAGACGGGAAUAGUCGCCUAG